UUUCUACUUUCUCCUCCAUUAUUCUCUCCCCCCAACCAACCAACCCACUUUGAUGGCGGCGGCUGGCCGGCUCACCGACUCGCACUUCCGUGGCGUGAGGAAGCGCCCCUGGGGCCGGUUCGCCGCCGAAAUCAGGGAUCCCGCCAAGAAGAGCCGCGUGUGGCUCGGCACUUUCGACACGGCCGAGGAGGCCGCCCGCGCCUACGACACCGCCGCCCGCCGAUUCCGCGGCCACAAGGCCAAGACCAACUUCCCUCCUCCCACCAGCACCGUCGACUCCACCCUUCUGCACCUCACCCUCGGCCGCCCGGCGAUGCUCAAUCUCCGCCCCGAGUCGCGGCAGGAAAUUAUACAAGUGAUUAACCAAAUGCGCCGCCCCACGGUGGAUUUCCUAGGGAGCGAUUCAGACUCGUCUUCGGCCGUGGUGGACAUGCCGGGAAGAGGCAUCGCUCUUGAUCUCAACCUCCCUCCUCCCGAAUAUACUUAGCUGGAGGAAUUUGAGCUAAUCCUAGAAAACAAAAACAAAAAUUUUAGAUGGUUAAUUGUAGAUGAGAUCGAACCGUCGGAUGUCAAUAGUUAUCUUUGCCGGGAUUUGGGGUUUGUUGUUUUUUAUUAGCAAUGGAAUGUGAUUUCAUAUACUCCACUAGUAAAAUCAAGCUCUUCCUUUUAUUUCA